AUGUCCGAGGUACCCGGCUCUACGCUGCCUCCGUGGCCUCUCACCCCGCCAGACCUACCAGACCCUCCACCAUCACCAAUUCAGGAUGUGUCCUCGGUGGCCACGGCCCUACAUGUCAUGUCGACGGAGCGCGCGGCGCUCGCCCACCUCGAGCUCAUUUAUCAGACGGAUGCGCGGGCACAGCAGGACCUGGCGCGGGCCGUGGACCAGAUCACGGGAAGUGUGCGCGAGGGCGGGAAAUUGGUAGUGUGCGGCGUGGGCAAGAGCGGCAAGAUCGGCCGCAAGAUCGAGGCGACGAUGAAUAGUCUGGGCAUCUACAGCGCGUUCCUGCAUCCAACCGAGGCAUUGCAUGGCGAUCUGGGAUUGGUUCGGCCGAAUGAUACAAUUCUUCUCAUUUCGUUUUCUGGCCGCUCCCCCGAGCUACUGGCCCUGCUUCCGCAUAUUCCCCCCACGGUCCCUGUGAUCGCCCUCACUUCACAUACUCAUACAGCAUCCUGUCCGUUGUUAUCUUUGCAUGGUUCUUCGGGUAUGGGAAUUCUUCUACCAGCUCCAAUCCACGAGGAUGAGGGGUUAUCCUUCGGCGUCAAUGCGCCGACCUCGUCGACGACAGUGGCUUUGUCACUCGGCGAUGCACUUGCUAUCGCCGCAGCCCGGAAGCUACAUACCACGCCAGGCAAAGGGCCCGCAGAAAUCUUUCGGAGCUUCCACCCGGGGGGCGCCAUUGGAGCUGCCACAGCAGCAGGGACACCCAUGACUACACCGUCAAGUGGCACGUCGUCCAAGACCUUCGAUUCCCCAGCCUCGUCGCUGUCACUCCCCUGGGAAGAGGCUAUGAAUUCCCCGCCCGUUCCGCCAUUUACCCUCCAGCCUCCACCAGAUCGACGUCGGAUUCCUUUGCAUAUGCUUGUUCCUCUCGACCAGAUUCCCACCGCCGCGCCGUCACCAUCAUCCUCCGCCAACGAUGUUCGAUUGCUCGACAUUCUCCUCACCGCCAUCCAGCACCCCGAUGCCAAGUCAUGGGUGUUUCUGUCUUCGUCUGAGGUCAUUCCUCCUCGGCGAGUCCGUUCUCUUUCACGCAAUACCAAUGUGGAUAUGCGUGUUUCCGAAGUUAUAACCCAGGACCCUGGUAGUCCACUGGGUGUGCCGCGGACCGAUUGGCUGCUCGUACCGGAGUCAACAUCACCCACCGAGUUACGCCGUCUUCUUUCUAUGCCCCGAGAUCAAUCCGAUCCCAUUUCUGUGAUUGCGGUGGUCAAAAAUGUCGCCCACCCGGCCAGCUGCAUCGGGGUGAUGGAACCGGAAGAUCUCGGUGGAUAA